AAUCUUUGAAAUAUGUCUGAAACGUGGAUGGGCCGUUCCUGCAAAGCAGCUCUUGACCUCUGCAAGAUGGUUGAAAACCGAAUGUGGGGGUCGAUGAUGCCUCUCGAACAGUUCAAAGGCGUUCCUUCAGAAGCCAUAAGAAAAGCCGAGGGUAAACAAUUUGUCCCUAACACCUCACCUUGCAUGAACUUUUGGUCGUAAUGGUACAGUACUCAGGUAUGCAUGAGAGCUACUCGAGCGGGUAAAGAGCUACUACAGAAUGUGUACUUGCUCAAAUAAGAAUAUAUCGGCAUUUUUUAGUAAUAUGCAGUUCUGUUCUUCCUCAGAAAUUUCCAGCACCGACACUUUCUCAAACUUUCCCCCUGGCAGGCUUCGCCCAACAACCCAACUAUAGCAUGA